AUGGAGCGAGACGACGAAGCGAGUGGGCCGAUGAUGGAGGAGAUGUACACUAACGGCGGCGAAGAGACGUCUAAUCGGAGACCUAUUAUAAGCGGCGAACCUCUAGACAUCGAGGCUUACGCGGCGCUUUACAAAGGUCGUACGAAGAUUAUGCGUCUUCUCUUCAUCGCUAGCCACUGUGGAGGUAACCAGACGAUUCAGCUUGAAGCUUUGAGGAUGGCUUACGAUGAGAUCAAAAAGGGAGAGAAUACUCAGUUGCUUAAAGAUGUGGUCCAUAAGAUUAACGGCAGGCUUGGCGAUAAGUAUGGGAUGGAUUCGGCUUGGUGCGAAACCGUCGAGCGUCGUGCUGAACAGAAGAAAGGAAAACUGGAGAACGAGCUCAGUUCGUAUCGGACGAAUCUGAUCAAGGAGAGUAUCAGAAUGGGUUAUAAUGAUUUUGGGGACUUCUACUAUGCUUGUGGUUUACUCGGAGAUGCUUUCAAGAAUUAUGUCCGAACACGAGACUACUGCACAACGGCAAAGCACAUCAUUCACAUGUGUAUGAAUGCGAUUCUUGUCAGCAUUGAGAUGGGUCAGUUUACUCAUGUUACAAGCUAUGUGAACAAAGCAGAGCAGAAUCCAGAAACCCUCGACCCUGUUGUAGCUGCAAAACUGCGAUGUGCUUCUGGAUUGGCUCAUUUGGAGCUUAAGAAGUAUAAGCUCGCUGCUCGUAAGUUUUUGGAAGUUAAUCCAGAGCUUGGAAAUUCCUACAAUGAAGUCAUUGCUCCUCAAGACGUCGCUACUUAUGGGGGACUCUGUGCACUUGCGAGUUUUGAUCGAUCCGAAUUGAAGCAAAAAGUCAUUGACAAUAUAAACUUCCGGAAUUUCUUGGAGCUAGUACCUGAAGUGAGGGAACUUAUCAACGAUUUCUAUUCAAGCCGCUAUGCUUCCUGUCUCGAAUAUCUAGGAAGCCUCAAAGCAAAUUUGCUCCUGGACAUUCAUCUUCAUGAUCAUGUCGACUCACUGUAUGAUCAGAUAAGGAAGAAGGCAUUGAUUCAGUACACACUGCCAUUUGUGUCUGUUGAUUUGAGCAGGAUGGCUGAUGCAUUCAAGACAAGCGUCUCUGGUCUAGAGAGAGAACUCGAAGCCUUGAUCACAGACAACCAGAUACAGGCACGUAUUGAUUCACACAACAAAAUCCUCUACGCAAGACACGCGGAUCAGAGGAAUGCAACUUUUCAAAAGGUACUUCACAUGGGAAACGAAUUCGAUAGAGACGUCAGGGGAAUGAUGUUAAGAGCCAACCUCCUUAAACACGAGUAUCAUGCACGAGCUUCCAGAAAGCUUUGA